CUGCACUGACUCGUGGACUUGUUUUUUUCUUUAAUCCAAACUGCUGCUCCACGUUGAUUGAUUGGCACUCACCUGUGGUGACGUAUGAGCGCCUACAAUCUGAGGAGGAAGUGAGCAGACGACUCCUUGAAGGAGCGCAGCGCUGGAGAAGAACCGCGGCUGCUGCUGCUGCGCGGACCCGGUGAUCGGAGGCAGAACCGCCGAACCGGACCUUCAGAAGUCCCUGCUGUUAAAAAGUCAUCUCAUUCUGCUUCCUUUAUAGGCACUGUGGAGUCGAGCAGACACACUGAGCAUUUCAAGAAGAGGAAAUCAUGUCCCAAAGUGAGUCAGAAAACUGCAGCCAGGUCCCUGAACUUCUGGGGAGUCACCUCGCCACUGAGCUUCAUAUAUACGAGCCAGGGGAUGAAUGCCACCAAGCAGGAGCUUCUCCCACGCCGUCCUGUGAAACCCCCACCCCUGUACAGGAUCCGGAGGACAGGAUCCCAGAGUCUCAUGAGGUGGUUUUAAGCACAGAAAGUCCUGCAGCACAGAAGAUGGGCUCUCACCAGCUCAUCCCCAAAACAUUAGCCAGCCGUCCAAAAAAUCGGCACCACACCACCGUGGUGACAUUCCCGGUGAAGAAGUCUGGCGGGGAUUCUAGUGAGAGCCACAGCCGUCACUCAGCCCAGGUGCCGGAUGUGCCGUGGGAGGAUUAUGACAGUGAUGGAGACGGCUUUGAUAUGAGGAGGAACCGCAGGAACCGCUCGUACAGAGCAGCGGUGACCAGCCUGGACAUUGAAGCCAUGAGCUCAGGACGAGCGCCUGUCAGCACCCUGAAGCCUGUGAGUGAGGUCAGAGCAAGCAGUCCGGAUCCGCCUCGCACCCUCGGACGCAAGUUUAAUACACGAAACCUUGGAAGAAAGAAGAACCAUCGGGGAUCAUUUAAAGAUGCGACACCAUGCCUGUACCAGGAGAUGCGUGAGCGCGGUCUGCACUCCACCAACCAGGACGAGCUGCUAGACGACUUUGUGGUGGUGGAGACUCCAGUGGAGGAUCAGGGCAUUGUGGUGAAGAACUACAAGCCAGCACAGCUCACCUGGAGCCAGCUGCCACAGGUGAAGAACUCAGACAUUCUUUCAAGGAUAACACCUCAGGAGAGAAAAAGACAAGAGGCUAUUUUCGAGAUCAUCAGCUCAGAGCACUCGUACCUGCACAGCCUGGGCAUCCUGGUGCGUCACUUCAAGGAGAGUAAAAUACUGAGUAAAACGAUGGGGCCCACAGAGCACCACCAUCUGUUCUCCAACAUAUCUGUAAUUCUCAAAGUCAGCCAAAGGUUUUUUGAAGACCUGGAACGUCGUCACCAGGAGGACGUGGUGAUCCGUGACAUCAGCGACAUUAUUCAGAACCACGCUGCGCACCACUUUGAGCCUUACAUCGCGUAUUGCUCCAACGAGACCUUCCAACAGAGGACGCAUCAGAGGCUGCUGAAUACUAACACUGCAUUCAAAGAGGCUCUGAAGCAGCUGGAGAGCAGCAGUGAAUGUGGAGGCCUUCCUAUGUUCUCCUUCCUCAUCCUGCCCAUGCAGAGAGUUACCAGGCUGCCUCUGCUGCUCGAUACCAUCUGUCAGAAAACCCCAGAAAACACAGCAGAGUACUUUGCAGCCGUGUGGGCCCUGCAUGCCAUGAGCAAGUUGGUGGAUAGCUGCAAUGACGGAGCUAGAAGAAUGGAGAGAACGGAGCACAUGUACACCAUCCAGAAGCAGAUGGAUUUUGGAAAAAUCAAACCAUUCCCACUGGUGUCUGCAUCACGAUGGCUGAAGAAGCAUGGUGAGCUCAACAUCUCUGCAGAAGAGCUCAGUAUAUGGAAAGCUUUCAUCAACAGAAGCUACUACUUGUUCCUCUUCAAUGAUGUCCUAAUUGUCACCAAGAAGAAGACUGAGGAGACCUUUGUGGUCCUGGAUUAUGCUACGCUGGAAAAUGUGCACGUGGAAAGUGCAGUGGAAACAGAUGUACAAACGAGCUCACCUACCAAAAGCACGCCCUUGACCUUCAAACUGCUGAUGAGCAAGAACAGUGACGGGAGGUCGGAACAAAUCUCCUUAGUAGCUGAUUCCAGAGUGGAUCGGGCACGCUGGAUAACCGCCCUUACAGAGCACAAACAGGCUGAUGCCUUCACAUGCAAAGAAGGGCUUCCACAAUAUGAGGCCACCAAAUCCUACAUCCCAAAGGAACCAGAUGAGAUUGUCCUCCGCCAGGCUGAGCUUGUCCUUGUCAUGAAAAAGGAGGAAGAUUGGUGCUAUGGGGAGAGAAUGCGAGAUGGAGAAAGAGGCUGGUUUCCUGCAAAUUGUGCCACAGAGAUCACCAACCCCACUGUCAUGGAGAGCAACGUACAACGAAUGAAGCGUUUGCGCAAAGAGACCAAUGUUUGACGCUUCAUAGGUGUUCUUUCAUGCUGCAAUUUACCAGGAUGGAUUUAUUUUUUAUUAUUAAAUGCUCACUUAUAGCCUUAGCACUGUGUCCUGUUCCUCCACUACAACCCUGGUGGACACAGAUAACUUACCAAAGACAGCAGAGGAGUCGCCUUCCACAGCACGGCACACGCCAGUCCACAGCAGAAUGAAGGUUUCACUAAACUCCAAGGCCUUGGAUAAAAUUUGACUCAUGUGUCAUUGUGUAAAAAAGCAGCAGACCUAUUAAAAGGUGCAAACUUUACUAUACUUGUGCAGUAAUUUUUGAACCACGUUCCCUUAAACUGAGGCUCCAAUCCUAACAAGAGGUUGAAUUUCUUAACAUUGUUUGGUGUCAAAUAUGUUCUAAAGUUUGUUUUAAUGCUAAUGUGCAUAUAAACCAGCCUUCAUUUACACUAUUAAAUGAUUACUUUUGAGUUAUUAAACCAGAUGUCCCAGCCUGAUGUAUUUUUAUACCAGGGACAAUGAAAACUGGACAACCUGCAUACUUGAAAAUAAAAACACCACCACAGAUGAGAAGGUUUACCUGGUUUUUGAGUUUUAUUUUAGCUUGCAUUUUGUUAAAAUGUUUGAAUACAUAAAAAGUUAUUUAAAAAUGUCAAACUGACCAGAUAUCAAAUUCCAUUUCAUUUUUAAAAACCAUUUGGUGUAAAAACUUAGGACAGAUUUAGAAAAACAUUGUUGUUUCCCCAAAACUUUUUGUAGCUGUCACAUAAAAAUAAUGGAGAACAAAA